AUGAAAAGAAUCAGCUUACAAAUUUCAUAUUCUUUUUUGAUAUCUACACUUAUUCUUUUGGCCUGUUCUUAUCAGAGCUAUUGUUGUAAUUAUACAACAUACGAUGAUGCAUUGAUUCCAGUUGAACAUCCUAUUUCUAUGUAUACAAUUAAUCCUAUGAAUAAUGAAAAAUUCAUUUCUUUUGGAUUUUGGAGUCUAUGCAUCCCCUAAUAAACAUUUAAGAAUUAGCCUGAAGUUAUUUAAGAUUAUUUUUAAUCUAUGCCUCAAGAUGGACAAUUAUUGUUUUUAAUUUAGGGAAAGCAAUAAAAUUUAGUAUUGGGAUAUAUUUAUAUGAAUAUGUUGAAUAAAGAGGUAAUAUAUAAAGUUGUCAUAUUUGGGAAUCCUGAUUAGUUUAUUGAAUUUAAAUUUACUCCAGUUAAAUAUGAGGAAGAGUGGAUUUUAAGUUUAUUCACAAUUAAUUUGGAAACUGGAAAAUUUACUGUAGAAAUCACAGAUUAAAUUAAAUAAAGUAGAAAUAUAUUAAAUGAUAUAAACUAUGAAAGAAUAAUAAUUGGAGGAUAAGGCUAUGUAAUAAUUAAUUUAUAUGAUUAAGAUUGGCAAAGGGUUUAAUUUGAAUAUAUUUAAAGGAAGAUUAUCAAAGAUGCAUAUCAAUUAUUAGAUUGAUGAUAUGUAAUUCUAAUACAUGAAUGAGAAUUGUCGAAUCCCACUUCCUUAAAAGGGUUAAUAAACUAUGUAUUUUAUCAAAGGAUUAUAAAUCUUUGAAGGUAGCUCAUCUUUACUAUAUUCAUUAAAUUAAUUCGGAAAUAGAUAUUGUUUAUCUGGAUGGGUGAAAUAUGAUACUUCUAGAAUAAUAACAGAAACUAAAUACAAUUUGAUAAGAAUCAGUCUUUUUAAGAAUUAUAAUUUUGAUUAAAAAUAUGGAGAUGAAAUAUUUCAAAUGAUACCAUCAAUUAAUAAGGCAAAUCCUAAAGGAACUUUCAUUUCUAUCAUUGUCGAUAAUCGAUUAUUGCCUAUUAUGGGUGAUAAAGACUAUAAUAUUAUAAGUUCAAGAGUAGCUUUGUUUUAUGAAUAUUCUAAUAGAUAUUUAAUAGGUUUAGAAUAAUGGCAUUUUAUUAAAUAUGAGUAUGGUUCUAAAGUAUCAGGGAGAAAAAGUCUUGUUCAAAUUUAAUUCUUUAAUGAUUUAGGAUUAAAAGAAAUUAAUUUAAAUAAUAUAUCUCCUAUCAACUCACCAUUCUAUAUAAAUAUAGGGGCUGAUGAUUUCUUUUAAGAUAUUCUUUAAGCUUCCAUUUUCGAUUUUAAAUUUGAAUAUAAUUAUGAUGAUGAUAAAUAAAUGCUAUUUUAAGGUUAGAUUAUAAAUCUAUUAAUAGCUUGUCAUUAUUCUUGUUAAACAUGUAGAGGGCCAUUGGAAUAUAAUUGUAUAACAUGUAAUCCUUAAUCUAAUAGAUAUUAUUUAAAUGAAAUAAACAAAUGCGAAUGUUAAUAAGGAUAUAUAAAUGUAGAAAAUGAGAAAAAUUGUGUAGAAUUCUCUUNGGAAAGCAAUAAAAUUUAGUAUUGGGAUAUAUUUAUAUGAAUAUGUUGAAUAAAGAGGUAAUAUAUAAAGUUGUCAUAUUUGGGAAUCCUGAUUAGUUUAUUGAAUUUAAAUUUACUCCAGUUAAAUAUGAGGAAGAGUGGAUUUUAAGUUUAUUCACAAUUAAUUUGGAAACUGGAAAAUUUACUGUAGAAAUCACAGAUUAAAUUAAAUAAAGUAGAAAUAUAUUAAAUGAUAUAAACUAUGAAAGAAUAAUAAUUGGAGGAUAAGGCUAUGUAAUAAUUAAUUUAUAUGAUUAAGAUUGGCAAAGGGUUUAAUUUGAAUAUAUUUAAAGGAAGAUUAUCAAAGAUGCAUAUCAAUUAUUAGAUUGAUGAUAUGUAAUUCUAAUACAUGAAUGAGAAUUGUCGAAUCCCACUUCCUUAAAAGGGUUAAUAAACUAUGUAUUUUAUCAAAGGAUUAUAAAUCUUUGAAGGUAGCUCAUCUUUACUAUAUUCAUUAAAUUAAUUCGGAAAUAGAUAUUGUUUAUCUGGAUGGGUGAAAUAUGAUACUUCUAGAAUAAUAACAGAAACUAAAUACAAUUUGAUAAGAAUCAGUCUUUUUAAGAAUUAUAAUUUUGAUUAAAAAUAUGGAGAUGAAAUAUUUCAAAUGAUACCAUCAAUUAAUAAGGCAAAUCCUAAAGGAACUUUCAUUUCUAUCAUUGUCGAUAAUCGAUUAUUGCCUAUUAUGGGUGAUAAAGACUAUAAUAUUAUAAGUUCAAGAGUAGCUUUGUUUUAUGAAUAUUCUAAUAGAUAUUUAAUAGGUUUAGAAUAAUGGCAUUUUAUUAAAUAUGAGUAUGGUUCUAAAGUAUCAGGGAGAAAAAGUCUUGUUCAAAUUUAAUUCUUUAAUGAUUUAGGAUUAAAAGAAAUUAAUUUAAAUAAUAUAUCUCCUAUCAACUCACCAUUCUAUAUAAAUAUAGGGGCUGAUGAUUUCUUUUAAGAUAUUCUUUAAGCUUCCAUUUUCGAUUUUAAAUUUGAAUAUAAUUAUGAUGAUGAUAAAUAAAUGCUAUUUUAAGGUUAGAUUAUAAAUCUAUUAAUAGCUUGUCAUUAUUCUUGUUAAACAUGUAGAGGGCCAUUGGAAUAUAAUUGUAUAACAUGUAAUCCUUAAUCUAAUAGAUAUUAUUUAAAUGAAAUAAACAAAUGCGAAUGUUAAUAAGGAUAUAUAAAUGUAGAAAAUGAGAAAAAUUGUGUAGAAUUCUCUUAAAUAUUUCCAUUAAUAUAAAUCUAAGAAGUACUUCAUUUAGAUGCUAUUUAAUGUUAAUUUGGAUAUUUUAUUUUACCAAAUAUUGGAAUCUCAACUUAAUGCAUCAAAUGGUAUAAAUUUAUAUUAUGAAAAGUCCAUAAUCUAAUUUCUAAAAUAUUCUGUGUGUAGACUGUCUCUAUUCCCCAUAUACUUGGUACUUAAAACCUAUUUGUAAAUUUGAUUUGAUUUCAGUCAGAGAUUCUCCUAAUGAUGCAUUUUCAUAUAUUGAAAGAGAUCCAAUCUAUUUUGAUUUAUAUCUAGUUGAUAAUUAGGGAGAAAUCAAUUUAUAUGAAGGUAUCUAAGAUAUUUGUGAAAUGGAAUCAGAUUCACCUAAUUGUUUUAAGGCUGAAUAAAAACAUCUAAAUUAAACAAUUUUUAUUAAAUGUAAGCCAAAUUAUUUCCAACUUCAUGGAAAUUGUGUUUUAGUAAAUCCUUACUGUCUAAAAGCUUCGGUUGAGGGAAGAUGUUUAUAAUAUUAAAAUGGAAUGUAUUUGAAGAAUGAUUAAUUAUAUUAAUGUCCUAUUAAUUGUGAAUAAUGUUAAUAUAAUGAGGAAACUUAGAAUCCUUAUUGUAUCAAAUGUAUUGAGUUUUUUACUUUAGACAAUGACUAAUGUUUUUAAUGUGGUAAUUACUGUAAAGUCUGUCAAAAAUAUUAUGAUCCUUAUAAUCAAAAUAGUUAUUUGAGAUGUUAUAAAUGUUUAGAUGAUUCAAAAUACUUCAUUUCAUUUGAUGCAAUUAACUGUUAGAAAAAUACAAUAAAAAAUUGUAUUUAUGCUUUUUAAACUUUGUCAGACAAUUAUUAAAUUAAUACUCUUGAUGUAGAAUUUAAACCAAGAAAGGAUUGGGAAAACAUUAAGACAAAUUGUGCAUUAUGUAAUCUAUAAUAUGGAGUAAUUCUUGAUUCAAGCUUAUGUAUAAGAAUGCAUGAAGUUACAUGUCAGUUCUCAGUUGUUCAAAAGAUUGUUAAUAUAGAAAUGGAUGAUAACAUCUAUUACACAAUACUAGAUUAUGAUUAUUAUACUACACCAUAAGGAGAAUAGAUUACAUUUGGUUUUUUAGAUGAUGGAACUUUAUUAUUAACAUCAUUUUAAUAUUGCAUAAUUUCAUAAAAAUACUUUAAAUAAUAAGAUAUAGAAGUUAUGUAAUUCUCACAGCAAUGUUAAGGUAAUGUGAAAUAUUGUGAGGUUUGUUUAAGAGAUAGAACUUAUAUCUGGGGUAUUACAUAUGUUUGCUUAGAAUGUGAAAAAGGAUAUUAUGCUGAUAGAAUCUCAAGUAAAUGUUAUCAAUGUCCUCCAGAAUUAAAUUGUUAUAAAUGUUAAACUCAAUAAAAAUAAUAUAAAGAUAGAUGGAAAAAUAAUAUAAGAGCUUUUUAUAAUGUAGUUAUUCAAAAGAAUACUGAACAUACAUUUAAACAAUAUGGAUAAAGUGAUAAUUAUAAUGAUUAUGAAAUUGUUUGUUCAGAGUGCUAAACUUAAUAUGAAUUAAGAAAUGAAAGAUGUAUACUUGCUUGUCCUUAAUCAUGUUUAGAAUGUUAGUACAUAAAUGGUUAAAAUUAAUGUGUUAAAUGUCCUAACAAUUAAAAAGGAACUAAAUUGAGUUUAUCUUAAAAUUAAUGUAUUGAUUGUCCACAAAAUUGUGCUUUAUGUCGAUUAAGAUCUAAAUAAGAAAUACAAACCAUUAAUCCAUUAUUCGAUAAUAAUUAUUAUAUACAUUAUACUUAUUAAUGUUUAAAAAGCUUUAAUGAUACUGAAUACUAUUAUGAUUAAGAGUAGGGUAUAUUCAUUUAAUGUUCUUAACAUUAAAAUUGUAAUUAUGAAUUUAUUCUUACAUUCAAUCUUUAUUGUUCCGAAUUAGAGUAUAAAUAAGCAUUGAAUUAAUUCUCAUCAUUAUCUGAGUAGAGUAUAUUUAAAUAGCAAAAUUUGUUAUUCUCAGAUUUAGUAUCAGGAAUCACUUUUAAGGAGGUAUAUAUUAUAUUCUAAUUAUAUUUAGUUUGAAUAAGAUUUAUUCUAUCAUUAAGCCAAUGAAAAAUCUAUAAAAUCUAUUCAUCUAAAUAUAUCAAGUGUUAAAGAAUAAAUUUGUAAAAUACCCUCUAAUGCUAUAAUUUAAUAAGUCUUUAGCAAAAAUAUCUUUUCGACAACGUAAUUAUUUAUUUGUCAUAUUAUUAUAGAAAUGUAGAGAUAACAAUUAAUUUCAACAAUAAUACAAUUAUUGAAUUUGAAAAAUCAGUAAAAUUCUUAAAUUUUAAUAAAAUCAUUAUAUUAGGAGCAAUCUUUCAUCCUAUUAGUAAUGAAAAAUUUAAAUAAAUUAUAUUUGAUAGCAUACAUCCUUAAACCAUUAUCCUUAAAUACAUUGUUUAUUAAUAAAUUUCAAAUGAAAAUGAUUAAUCAGCUUUACUUUUUAUAAAUGUUAAAAAUGUAGUAUUUGAUAAUAUCUAAAUAAUGGGAUUAGUUUAAAAUUAAAUAGAGAAUUUUAUUCAAAUUGAAUAAACCAGAAAUUUAAAAUCUGUUAAAAUUAUGAAUUUCUAACUCUUAAAUUCAUUUUUGUAAAAUUAAAUCACUAUAUAUUGCCACCUUAACAAAGAAGAUACCAUUUAAAUUGAUAAUUUAAUUGUAAACUCUAAAUUCAAUAAUGUUACUUUGAUAAAAACAGGAUAAUAACAAUAAUUUGGUCAUCUUGAAAUUAACAAUGUAAAUUUAUAAAUUGAUGUACUUGAUUGUUAAUUUUUCUUAAAUCUGUAUUCUCUUAGAUAAAUAAAAAUUAAGACAAUUAAAAUUGAAAAUGCUACUAUUUAAAAUUCAACAUUAGUUAUUUUAAAUAAUAAUAAUAAUAUAGAUGAUUUAAUUAUUUAAUAAAGUAAAUUUGGAUAGAAUAGUUAUGGAAUAAUUAAUUCUGAUCAACUUUCUUUAGAUAAGUUAUCGAUAAGUUUAUCAAAUAUAAUACUUUAAUAAAAUGAAUAUCAUUAAUCCACAAAAUUUAUAUCAUUUUAGAAAUAUAAUAAUAAUGAAUCUUAAAUAGAAAUCAAUUAAUUGAAAAUACUUAAUAACUAUAUAUCAUAGUAUACUUAUAAUUACAUAUCGAACAAUUAAUACUCUGCUCUUCUUUAUCUUUAAUUUGAUAUAAUCACUAUAAUUGAUCUCGAAAUAGUCAGGGGUUAUGGUUUGAUUGAUAUAAGUAUAAAUGAUGUUCAGAAACUAAAAAUCAUAUCUAGUAAAAUAUAUUAAGGUCAUUAGUAUAAGUUCAAGGGUCUUCAUUAAUUUAUGGAUUGUCAAUUGUAAUAAGUUAAAGGAGAAUCUUAUUUGCAAUCUCUAUUUUUAUCAUCAAUACUUGAUCUUUAUAUCGAUGAUUUGAUUAUCAGAUCCGCUUAAACAUAUAACUCACCAAUUUUAUAUUAUAAAUCUUCAGAAAAGAUUAAAUAAUCACAAUUUGAAACAAUUAAUUUUAGUAAUAUGAUUAUCGAAUCCAAUUUGAUGUUAUUAACAAGUUAGAAAUUUUAAACAGCAGUUCUCUUUUUUGAAUCUGUUUAAGAAACUAUUUUAUUAUUUUCAAACAUAACUUUUUAUGGGAAUAUAUUGCAUGAAUAUUUAUAAAAUAACCUCUAAACAUCUGCUUUACUUUUGAAUUUGAAUUGUAUCUAAGGCACAAUAAUAAUCAGUGAUUCAAACUUCAUUAAAAAUAUAGUACUUAAUAGUACAGAUAGUAUUAUCUACAUAAAAAGCGAGAAACUAGUUUUUAACAAUUGUACAUUCUCUGAAAAUAGUAUCUUUAAUUAUGCAAUAUUGUAACCCUAUUUAUUAUGGGGAUUCUUAGAGUCUCAAACAAUAUAUUUUUAAGAAUUAAGUUAAAUAUUUAGAAUUAAAUCAUAAUCAGGAAAUGGAAAAUUAUUAGUGGAACAUCUAGACAUCCAUUUUUGUAUUUUUUAAUAAUCUAUCGGAUAUUAAGGUGGAGCAUUAUUAAUUGAGGCUUAAAAAGACAGUACCAUCAACAUUGUCAAUAGUAAAUUUAGUAAUAUAUCUACAGGGUUCUAGAGAGAACUUGGAUUUGGAGGAUCUAUAUAUUUAGAUGGUACUUCAUCUUAAUCAUUAUAUGUUACUUUUUAAUAACUACUUAUUGUAAAUAUUUAUGCUUAAGAAUAAGGUGGGUUCUUAUAUAUUAAGACAGGAACUUUAUAUGCUCAAAUUAAUUUACAUAGAUUAACUAUACAAAAUGUUUAUGCAAAAUUUGGAUCUGUAAUUUAUGCAACCUUUUCUGCUCUUGAAUAAUCAUUAUAAUAAAUUGAAUGUAAUGAAAUCUCAAUCAAAAAUGCAUAAAAAGAAUAUAAAAAUUAUUUGAAUUAAUAUACAUAACUCUCUAAAUCUGAAGAAAUACUAUUAGUUAAUAGUAGAGUUAUGUUUUUAAUAAAUUCUGCGUCAAAGGUAAUAUUUACUAAUAUUAAUAUUGAAAAUAUCUUUCUUGAAUCAGCUUUUUAGUUCUCUAGCAUCGCAGAAAUCUUAAUUAAUAACUUAAUUAUAUCUAAUAGUUUAAUAAACUCAAAUCUAAUUAGAAUAUCUGCAAAUAAAUGUAAUUAAUAUAUUAUUCAAUAUUAUAGAUUAGAAUUAAAUUUUAUAGUUAAACGGAAUCUAAAUAACAAAUAUAACUAUGACAUUCAAAUAAACAAGUUAUAAUUGUGAAACGAAUUAAAUAUAAGAAACUCCUAUUUAGUUUGCUUGCAUUUAAUAAUAAGCUCCUAUUAAUUUACUACAAAAAUAUAGAAAUAGUUCAUUUACUUAUGGUGAAUGCAUAUUUUCCUUAAUUAAUGAGAAUAAAGAUUUGAUAUUUGUAGAUGAUCUAAAUUAAGGAUUAAUCUUAUUUCUAGAUCUUACUGAAUAAGCAACUAUUAAGUUAAAUUAGGUAGAAUUAAUAAAAAUUGAUUGUAACUUUUGUUAAAAGGGAUUAAUUUUUUUUAAUUUUUAAAGGAUUACUAAAUUAUUAAAGUAAUAAUAUAUGAAAAAUAUUAUGAUAUCUAAUUCAACAUGUGGAAGAUAAGGUUGUAUAAAUAUAGAAAAAAGCAGCACUAAUAAUAAUAGAUUAUUAUAGUCAUAGAAGAAAUUCAUAUAAUAAUUGAAAUUGGAGUUCUUAAUAGAUAAUUAUCUUUGUUAACACAAUACUGGAACAAAUGGAACUUGCCUUUAUAUCUCUAAUGUUAAAGCAGAAAUGUAGAAUUGUCUUUUUCAAUAUAAUAGAGCAAAUUAAGUAGGUGGAGCUUUGUAUAUAAAAGAAAGUGAUGAUAUUUUUAUAAUCAAUAGUUGGAUACUCAAAAAUUAAGCUAUGAUUGGAGGUGGACUAUAUUUAGAGACUUCUCAUGAUUUAGAUUAUUAAAGACUCUAAACAAAAAUAAGUAAUAAUUUAGCAAAAUUGUUUGGUGAUGCUAUCGUUUCGAUUCCUAAAAAACUUACAUUAACCUAAUUUGAUUAAAUGACAUAUUUAGAAACUAUAUAAAUUAUAGAGACAGAUAAUCUUCUAAUCGAAUAAAUAUCAUCAUUUACUAAUUACAUACAACUACCAAGUGGAUAAAAGAUUUCUAAUUAUAUUAAAUUUAAUAAAAAAACUAAAUAAUAUUUGCCAUCAAAUCAAAAAUUUAGAAUUAUUGCUUAAAAUAGAGAUAAAUAAGUAAUUUAAAAUCUCAGAAAUACUUUUUGUAAAAUCUAAAGUCGAAUGUUGGAUAUAUCCAAUAAUAAUAAUUAUUAUUAUGAUGAUCAAGUCAUCUUCUCAAAUAAUUUUACAAAUAUUUAAAAGGUUUAAUUCAAUGAAUCAACCCAAGACUAUAAUUUAGAUGAUUUGAUUGUUUAUUUUGAUAAUAAGUUACCAUACAAUAUUGUGUUAUAAUUAUAAUUUUAGUGUAAUUCAAUUAUUGUUCCAAUAUAUAAUCAAGAGUAUCCAUACAAUAUAUUGAAUAAGCAUUCAAAUUAUAAUUUAAGAGUUAAUAUCAAAACUUUUGAUUGUUAAUUUGGAGAAAUAAAAAAUUAUACAGAUUUUUCAUGUAUUCCAUGUAAUGGCGAAUAGGGAUUAUUUUCAUUAAAAAUUAAUUCAUAGAAAUGUGAACUUAAAGAUGAUAUUUCAACUAUCAAUGUCAAAUCUGCUUUAUUAAAUUUAAAAACUGGAUAUUGGAGACCUUAUUUCGAAACCAAUCAAAUUAGUAAUUGCAUUAAUAAACCUGAGAAUUGUUUAGGAGGUUGGAUUGAAGGGGAUAUCUCAUGUAAUUAAGGUCAUAUAGGAGCUUUAUGUGAAGAAUGUGAUUUAUAUGCAAUUAAAUAGGAAGGUCAAUAUUCAACUAGUUCAAAAUACUCUUGUGAAUCUUGUUAAGAAACUUCAAGAAAUAAAUUAUUAAUUAGUUUAGUAUCGAUAUGGUAAUUAUUUAAUAUUUAAAUUUCAGGACUUUGAUAUCAAUUUUUAUAUCUGUUUAAAGUAAUCUAAGAUCUAUAAAAUAAUCUAUUAGAGUUACUAGUAUUCUCCUUAUUAAAUUAGCAGCAAUUUAAAAUAGAAAUUAAUCAGCUAUUCUAAUCAAAAUGUUAACUAAUUAUCUCUAAGUUAUGACUUCUAUUGCUACAUUUAAAUUGAAGCUACCAAUUGAAUUUUAAAGUACUAUUAAUACAGCAGGUUCACCAGUUUAAACUAUGACAUAUUCAAUGGAUUGCUUUUUAUCUAACCUUUUUUUAUUUGAAAUUCAGUAUGCUAGAAUGAUUUGGUAAAUAAUUAUGCCUUUUGUUUAUAUCAGUUUCUUUUUUACAUGCUAUUUAUUAGCUAUUAAAUUAAAAUUUACUAGUUACAAUAAGAGUGUCAUCACAACUACUAUUAUAUAUAUGUACAUCUAUUUACAAACAAGUUUAGUUGGUGGAUUUGCUUAAAUUAUAUCCUAUAGAAAUAUAUCAGGAUACUAGUGGAUUUAAGCAAAUGUGGCUUAGAGAUUUGAUACUAAUUAUCACUAUUAAUGGAUUCUCAAAUUUUGUACACCUAUGAUUAUUAUUUUAUUUAUUGUAAUUCCAUCUUAUUUUUUACAUGGACUUAGUAGUAAUUCUAAAAAUUUGGAUAAAAAUUAUGUAAAAUUAUAAUGGGGAUACUUAUAUAAUGAAUAUACAAAAUAAGCAUAUUUUUGGGAAUUAAUCAAAAUUGCAUAAAAACAACUUAUGAUGAUUUGUUUGAUUUAUUAUGAUGAUUACGUUAUUUUAAAAGCUACUAUGAUUGCAUUAAUAAUAGGAAUUUAUUUAGAAUUAAGCUUGAAAUACAAACCUUAUAAUUGCAAUAAUCUNUCAUAGAAAUGUGAACUUAAAGAUGAUAUUUCAACUAUCAAUGUCAAAUCUGCUUUAUUAAAUUUAAAAACUGGAUAUUGGAGACCUUAUUUCGAAACCAAUCAAAUUAGUAAUUGCAUUAAUAAACCUGAGAAUUGUUUAGGAGGUUGGAUUGAAGGGGAUAUCUCAUGUAAUUAAGGUCAUAUAGGAGCUUUAUGUGAAGAAUGUGAUUUAUAUGCAAUUAAAUAGGAAGGUCAAUAUUCAACUAGUUCAAAAUACUCUUGUGAAUCUUGUUAAGAAACUUCAAGAAAUAAAUUAUUAAUUAGUUUAGUAUCGAUAUGGUAAUUAUUUAAUAUUUAAAUUUCAGGACUUUGA